AUGACCGAUGCCGUUUGGGAACGGUUGAGGCCGCAUUUGCCUGGGGGAGAGGGCAAGAGAGGCCGACCGGCCCCGGACAACCGGCAGUUUAUCGACGCCGUGUGCUGGAUUCUGCGCACCGGCGCUCCUUGGCGCGAUUUGCCCCCGGACUACGGAGACUGGAAGAACACCCACCGCCGCUUCUGCCGCUGGCGGGAUCGGGGCGUGUGGGCCGGACUGUUGGAGGCGGUGAUGGAUGGCCCUGAUUUCGAGUGGCUGAUGAUAGACGCCAGCUAUAUCAAGGCCCAUCCCCACAGCGCUGGCGCCCCGGGCGGAAAUCAGUCCAUUGCCCGCACUAAAGGGGGCGGAACCGCAAGCUGCACCUGGCGGUGGGUUCCCACGGAAUGCCGGUAA